UGGGAACAAAUGCGUUCGUAUCUUUCAUCCUUCUGGACAACUGAGAGUCAGAGCGAGGUGACUCGCAGCAUGAGUGAGAAUCAGCGCAAGUGGUAUGACAAGGUCAAGCAUGCGAGUCGGACGCUCGAACUGAUCCAGCAAAACAUUCGCGAAGAUGACGUGCAGGCCAUUGCUGAAGCACUCAAGGUGAACACGUCAUUGAAAGCGCUCGAUCUGAGGGUGAAUCAGAUUGGCGAUGCGGGAGCUCAGGCCAUUGCUGAGGCACUGAAAGUGAACACGACGCUGACUCACCUCUAUCUGGACGAGUGUCAUAUUGGGGUUGUUGGAGCGCAGGCCAUUGCUGAGGCACUCAAAGUGAACACGGUGCUGACUGAGAUCUACUUGCGUGACAAUCAGAUUGGCGAUGCGGGAGCACAAGCAAUCGCUGAGACACUCAAGGUGAACACCAUUUUGACUGCGCUCGCUCUGGGCAAGAAUCAUAUUAGCGUCGCUGGAGCGCAGGCGAUUGCUGAAGCACUCAAAGUGAACAGGCUUGUGAAUCACGUCCGUUUGAAUGAUAAUCAGAUUGGCGAUGCCGGAGCGCUGGCGAUUGCUGAGGUUCUCAAAGUGAACAAGAAGCUGAGAUACCUUUCUUUGAGCAACAACUUCAUUACCAUCGUUGGAAUUAACGCAUUGUGGCAAACAGGCAACACCAUUUGUAAACUGGACUUCUCUGGCCAACGUGUCCCAUCGCCUGCCAUGUUGGCAGCUCGUGCCGCAGCGAACGAUCAGCCCCAACCUUCCGUCAAUCCUGCAUCUGAGAUUCAGCAAUUGCGCUCCGAGCUCGCUUCCAAACAACAGGAGCUCACCACCAAAAAUCAAGAGCUCGCUUCCAAAGCUCAGGAGCUCGCUGCCAAAGAUGACGAACUCGCUGCACUAGACCAAGAGCUCGCUGCCAAUGAUCAGCAAUUGCGCUCCAAGCUGGCCGCCAAAAACAACGAGCUGCAUCAACUUCGCUCAAAUCUCGCUCACAAAAAGCAGGAGCUCGCUAACAAAACGCAGGAGCUCGCUACCAAAAGUCGCGACAAAAGGCGAGAGCUGCAAAAGCUUCGCUCCGAUCUCGCUGCCAAAGAGCAGAGCCUCGCUAUCAAAGAUCAGGCGCUUGCUGCCAGAGAUCAGGAGCUUGCAACCAAGGAUCUUGAGCUCAAGUCAGCUCUUGAUCGGAUCGACGCACUCGAGAGCGCCCAACACGCCGUUGAACCUUUCUCAAACUUUGACAAACCAAUCCCUCAAGUUCCUCUCGCAACGCUUGUCGCCGCCACGAACAAUUUCGCCGCUGAUUCUCUGCUCGGCAAAGGAGCAUUUGGUUGCGUGUACGGCGCCAAUUUGCCUGGGCCUUCUGUUGCUGUAGCCAUCAAGAAGCUGUCCGCCGAAUCCAAGCAAGGCGCUGCCGAAUUCAAGGCGGAACUGGCCUCUUUGUCCAAAUUCCGUCACGCAAACAUCAUUGCCAUUCUGUCCUAUGCAGAGGAAGGCGACGAGCGAUGCCUGGUGUACGAGUUCAUGCCAAACGGAUCGGUUCGUGAUCGCUUGGAUCGCAAGAGCAACACGCCUCCGCUGACCUGGUCUCAACGCCAUGGCAUUGCCGCUGAUGUCGCCCGCGGCAUGCACUACGUCCAGACAGCCUUCCCCGAUCAUGCAUUGUUUCAUCUCGACCUCAAGACGGACAACGUUCUCCUGGACGCAUACUUCAACGCAAAAGUAUCUGAUUUUGGUCUCGUUCGCGCUGCCCAACACCUCGAUGAUAAGAGCUACCUUCGCACGCAGAACGUUCAAGGCACUGUUGCUUACAUGUGUCCCGACUUCCUCGAUGAAGGUCGCAUGACCAUCAAGACCGACGUUUAUGCAUUUGGCAUGAUUCUGUUGGAAUUGCUGACUGCAGUCAAACCUGGCAACCGCCUGAAAACAGACUCGCGAAAGGCUCUGAAAAGCCAGAAAUUCCUUGACAUGCUGGACUCGGCGGCGCUCAAGCCAACCGAAGCAGAGCGCCAGAGCGUCAGCGAGCUUGUAGUGCUUGCGCUGGAGUGUCUUGAGGAUGCUGCUGACGAUCGCCCGUCAUUUGGACAGCUCAUUGCUACAUUGGAUCCUUGACAGCAAACAGAGGCUUUUGCUGUCACGCUUUUGCAGCUUUAAGUGUAAGCAUGUUUAGAAUUCAAUUUCAGGUUCAGCUGUUUCAGCCUUCGCAAGCGUGUUGACCACGUCCAGCAUGACUAUCAUAGUGACAUACAGUCACUGAAAAAUCCACGCACAAA